AUGACUUCAACGACUAAUAAUACCGGCCAACGUGCCGUCCCUCACAAAACCGCAGUCCUCGUUGACGUCUUGCCUGUUGAGAAUAACGACAGCAGCACCAAAAAUGCAACGGGGACAACAAAGACGCUCUCCCGUCUACGGACCGCGGUGCUCUCUUCGAAACCGAAAGCUUUCGGCCCCCACCGGCCGUCAUCCUCCUCAACAACCUCAGUUACUCCACCAACCACGAUCCCAACAUCCACACCGACCAACCACCACCAUGCUCUUGGUGUCCAGCCCCCGGACCCGCGUACGCUCGAGGAACUUCACCGAGAACGCUUGUACCUGCUCUAUGAGUUGCAAAAGCAAGGUCUUCGCGCUACUCGCCUCUUCCAGCGCUAUGCCGCCGUUGAGGGCCGGCUCGCCGCAGCAGGCGUGGUCAAACCAGCGGUAGUGGGUGUCCCGGUAACGACUGUGAGAAUCGAAAGGCCAGCAGCAGAGGGGAAAGAAACGUCGACAGGACCGGGAGGAGAUCCCGGGAACCCGGCAACAUCGCUUCAAACACUGACGACACCGGCCGAUAUCAAACGCUGCAAAAAGGAAGCUUCCCUGGUGCGGGCCAAAAUUGCUGAGAGCAACAAGCAAGAGCAGCUCAUCCUCCACCGUCUGGGGGAGAUCCAUGUCGAGCUACAGAACCGCGAGCGCUGGUUCUUUGUCGUGCAUGCGCGUCAGCAGCAACAACAACAGCAGCAGCAGCAGCAGCAGCAGCAACAUGAACACCAGUACCAACAUCUCCGCUCGUUCUCCGCCCCCGCCAGCGGUGUCCAGUUUGUUGCACCUCCGGUUUAUCCUGUUUUCUCGCUUCCGCCGAGCUUCCAAUGCUAUGGACCUGUUUCGGGAGCUGCCUCGAUGCCUUUUCGUUCGGGGUGUGGGUUCAAUGGCCCGGUCAUGAACCCAGGAGAGCGAUACCAUGCGGGUGAUUCCCAUGGGUUUGGAGGAGCGUCGAAUAUCGGAGUGGCCCCGUGUGCCACCACCAACGGUGUAACAACCCAAACCCCGCCAGAGACCGAUGAACCGGCCGUCUCGCCUAGCACAAUCCCAUCAAUCUCAACAAUCCCAGAACUCCCCGAAACCCCCGAAACCCCAGAAACACCAGGAACCCCCAAACUUUCACGCGCUUCCUCAGCCCCUGCCUCCUUCCCAACGACAUCAUCAGUCCUAAGCCCACUCUCCCCCUGUUUCACCCCCGGCGCGCCGACGUAUUACGUUGCGCCCGGCGUUGGCGCUGAAGAUGGCUGGUCGCACGGAAGCAAGCAGCGCACGCCGUCAUCAUCGGCAUCGUCGCCUUCGUGCUCGUCAUCUUCUGCGUCGGGGACGGCGCCGUCUGUGUCGGGGUCUGUGUCUGUGUCUGUGUCUGUGACGGAGAGAGGGACGACGGUUACGGAGGGGACGGAGGGGAGUUUUGUGGAUGGGGGGUUGGGUAAUGGUGAGGAGGAUGGGGGGGAGAUGGGGAUGAGGGGAGUGAGGGGGGUGUUUGAGGGGGGAGAAGGUGGAAAGGGGGGAGCGGGGGUGGAAGGGGUUGCUUGGUCUGGUGAGGUACGGGGUCAGGAUCAGCUGUGUGAUGAGUCGAGUGAUGGGAAGGACGCUGUGGCUCUUGUUGAACACGUUCAAGGCGGCACCAAAGAGAAAGAAGAGCAGAAACAGGAGAGCGGGGAAGAAGAAAGAGCUACACCACACCUCAUCAACCCCAUUCCAGUCCAAUCCAACCCCAAACUCACCAGACACAACGGACCCAACACCCCCAUCACCCCCAUCACCCCCAUCACCAACAACAACACCACCCACAGCACCCCCGCCACCCCCGCCGAAACCAACUCUCUCCCCUGGCACGGCGGCUCCGACGCAUGUGCUGCUGCUGCUGGUGAUAUUCCCCGGUGCAGCAGCAGCAACAGCAACAGGAGCGGCCGCACGCCGCCACGGUGGCGGGAGAAACUGAGACGGGUGUCGCUGUUUUUGCCUUCUUACUCGCUUCGUGGAUCGCUUCGCCGGCGUGGGGAGAGGGAGAAGAGGAUGAGUUUGCCGUAUCGGAAGGGGAUGUGGUCUUUGUCGUCGUUGUCUAGGGGGAGUAGUGUGCACUCUGUUGUUGGGUGA